AUGUCUGGGUAUCCUGGCUACGGCGGCCAUCAAGGCUACGGCCAACAGUACCCCCCGCAGCAAGGUGGCUACGGUCAGCAGUAUCCCCCUCAGGGCUACCCUCAACACCCUCCGCCAGGCCAGUAUGGCGCGCCCCCCGGUCCCCCGCCCGGUCAAUACGGCGCACCGCCUCCGGGCCAGUAUGGUGCACCACCAGGACCGCCCCCUGGCCAGUACGGAGCACCACCAGGGCCUCCUCCUGGCCAGUACGGCGCCCCGCCCCCCGGCCAGUACGGCGCCCCGCCACCCCAGCAUCAACAGUACGGCGCGCCCCCUCCAGGACAAUACGGCGCGCCCCCUCCAGGACAGUACGGCGCACCCCCUCCCCAACAUCACAGCGGCCCCCCCACGGCACCGUCCAUCGGCUACGGCGCCCCUCAGAUCAUCCAGUGGGAUGCUUCACAUGACGCUGCUGCGGCACGUCAGGCCAUGAAAGGCUUCGGCACCGACGAAAAGGCCCUCAUUCGCAGCCUCGCCACCAAGGAUCCCCUUCAGAUCGACGCCAUCAAGACGUCCUUCUCUCGCCAAUUCAAGAAUCGCAGCCUCGAGGCUGACAUCAAGUCGGAGACGAGCGGCUGGUUCGAAAAGGGUCUGAUUGCCAUCGUACGCGGUCCUCUGCUGACGGACGCUUUCGACAUUCGUUCCGCCGUCGAUGGGCUUGGCACCAAGGAAGUCGUUCUCAACGACGUCCUCCUCGGCCGCUCCAACGCCGAUCUGAAGGCUAUCAAGAACUGCUACUGGAGCACGUUCCACCGCAGCAUGGAGAAGGAUGUCGCGAAUGACCUGUCGAUGAAGACGAAGCGCCACUUCGAGAUUGUCCUCGCCGCCAACCGGGCUGAGGAUUCGGUUCCCGUAGUGCCGCAACAGGUCGACCAGGAUGUCAUGGAUAUUUAUCGCGCGACCGAAGGCAAGAUGGGCACCGAUGAGCUGGUCGUCUGCAGCAUUCUCAGCACACGCAACGAUAACCAGAUCCGUGCCAUCGCCUACGCCUACGAACAGAAGUUCCGCAAGAGCCUCGAAGCCGUCAUCAAAUCCGAGUUCUCCGGCCACAUGCAGGACGCACUGUUGUUCCAGGUAGACCUGGCUUCUUUGGGCCUAUGA